GAGGAGCGGCGCAGCGUGCUGGACAGCGUCGUGCGCACGCUGCUGAGCCAGAACACAACCGAUGCCACAUCGGGCCGCGCCUUUGACACGCUCAAGGAGCGGUUCCCGACCUGGGAGGGGGUGCGCACGGCUCCGCUGGCCGCUGUGGCCGACGCCAUUCGGGUGGGCGGCCUGGCAGACAUCAAGGCGGGGCGCAUCCAGGCUAUCUUGUCCACUCUGGCAGCAGAGCGUGGUGAGUGCAGCCUGGAGCACCUGCGCGGGCUGCCGGCGGCAGCCGCCAAGGCAGAGCUGUCGCGGUUCAAGGGCGUGGGCAAGAAGACGGCGGCGUGCGUCCUGCUGUUCGCCCUCGAGCUGCCAGAGUUUGCCGUAGAUACCCACGUGUGGGAGAUCAGCAAAGCGCUGGGUUGGGUGCCCGUGAACGCCACCCGUGACCAAGCCUACGACCACAUGAACGAGCUGGUGCCUGACGAGCUUAAAUAUGACCUCCAUGUGCUGCUGGUGCGACAUGGCAAGCAGUGCCCCGCCUGUGCCAAGGCGGGCAGCGCCAAGCAGCGC